UUUUGACCUCAGAUUUUCGUCUACUGACAUUCUCUAUAUAUAACGGUAGAGACAGUAUAGCAAAUGAAAGAGUCAGUGAUAUAAGUAGUUAGAUUCAGUUAUGUUUUGGUUGGGCUAUACGAGGGUGUACCGAACAAAACCUCCUAAUAUAAUCAAACCAAACAUUUUAUUUUUAAAAACAAGUAUUCCCCCACGUUGACCACUAGAUUUUUUUUGUCCGAAUCUCCCUCUCAGCUUCAGAAUUCUCCCAAAUCUGCGGAAUCUGUUGUCGGAGGAAACCGCCCCCACCAGCCAAAGUUCCCACGACAUUGGAAUCUCUCUUUUCAGAAUGGGGAAGGGACCACCGAUUCCACCAGACCUGGAGGCCGGGCCGCCGCCGCCUCGGCCACAUUUCCGACCGCCUGUGCCCCAGCCAUGGUCCGUGUGGCUCCGACCGCUCAUCUUGGUGGCGAACUCGAACUUCGUCGCCUUCGCCUACACCAUGUAUGUGAAUGACUGUCCCGUGAGCUCGGAUGAAUGCAUCCUCUUCGACUUUCUCGGGCGAUUGUCCUUCCAACCACUCAAGGAGAAUCUCCUUCUUGGCCCUUCUGUUCCCACGCUGAUAAAACUUGGAGCCCUUGAACGGAGACUAGUGCAGGCCGGUGAGAAAUGGCGGCUCGUCUCUUGCAUAUGGUUUCACGGAGGACUCCUGCAUUUGCUCACAAACAUGAUCGGUCUUCUAUGCAUUGGAAUGCGGCUUGAACAAGAAUUUGGAUUCUUUAGAAUCGGAACAUCGUACCUGAUCUCCGGUCUCGGUGGAAGCCUAGUGUCUUGCUUGACAGACUCCGGAGGUGAACGGGUAUCAGUUGGAGCCUCGGGUGCCUUGUUCGGACUACUCGGAGGGAUGCUCUCCGAAUUGAUCACAAACUGGUCAAUCUAUGAAAAUAAGUGUACCGCACUCACGACAUUAAUUCUGAUCAUCGCGUUGAAUCUGAGUGUCGGAUUCUUGCCGCAUGUGGAUAAUUCUGCUCACUGUGGAGGAUUCAUAGCUGGAUUCUUCCUUGGUUUCGUCCUUCUUCUCCGUCCACAGUACGGAUAUGUGCAUCCCAAAUACAUUCCUCCUGGAUAUGACAUGAAGCACAAGAAACCAAAGUACAAGUGCUAUCAACACAUGUUGAGGUUUAUAGCUCUAGCCAUCUUGAUCGCUGGAUUCAUAGGGGGAUUUACUAAGCUUUUCCGAGGGCAUACCAUCGAGGAUGCACCAAUGAGAGAUUUCAAUUAGCAGCUUUGUAGCCAGCAUUGGCCACACUCUCUGUAAAAGACUAUUUGACACAAUCCAAGGGGUUUUUUUUUUCCUAUAGAGAUAUGAAUGUCAUCAUCGGAAGUUUAUACACCUGAGAUCAUGAUUCAAAAGUACUACAUAUGUAUCCAAGGCAAAAAGCUAUUGUAACUUUACAUCUGUAUCAAAGCGUAUAUUAAAACUGUAGGAAGAACUUUUGCA